AUGGCCUCCCUUCUCGCAUUCCCCCUACUCACACUUGUUCUACUCCACUCUGUAGCCAUCUCCACACGAGCCGACCUCCCCGGCACGUGGGACCUCCUCGUCGCCAACGCCGGCAUCGCCUCCAUGCACACCGCCGUCACCCGCUUCAACACCGUCGUCCUCCUCGACCGCACCAACAUCGGCCCCUCCCGCAAAAUGCUCAGCCGAGGCCACUGCCGCAACGACCCCAACGACGCCGUCCUCAAACACGACUGCUACGCCCACUCCGUCCAGUUCGACCCCAACACCAACCAAAUCCGCCCCCUCAUGAUCCUCACCGACACCUGGUGCUCCUCCGGCCAGUUCCUCCCCGACGGCACUCUCCUCCAAACCGGCGGCGACCUCGACGGCGUCCGCAAAAUCCGCAAGUUCCACCCCUGCGACGCCGCCGGCUCCUGCGACUGGGUCGAGCUCGAUGACGUGGAGCUCACCGACGGGAGGUGGUACGCCACCAACCAGAUCCUCCCCGACGGGUCGGUCAUCAUCGUCGGCGGCAGAGGCGCCAACACGGUGGAGUAUUACCCGCCGCGAAACGGCGUCGUCGAGCUGAAGUUUCUUGCUGACGUGGAGGAUACCCAGAUGGACAACUUAUACCCUUACGUCCAUCUCCUCCCUAACGGCCAUCUCUUCAUCUUCGCCAACAACAAAGCCGUAUCGUACGAUCACGUCACCGAUAACGUCGCCAGAGAAUAUCCGCCGUUGGAUGGCGGGCCCCGUAACUACCCCUCGGCGGGUUCUUCGGCAAUGCUGGCGCUUGAGGGGGACUACUCCACGGCCGUGAUCGUCGUCUGCGGUGGGGCCCAGUACGGCGCGUUUAUACAGAAGAGCACCGAGACUCCGGCCCACGGCAGCUGCGGCCGGAUCGUGGCGACUUCGCCCGACCCGGUUUGGGAGAUGGAGGACAUGCCGUUCGGGCGGAUCAUGGGGGACAUGGUGAUGCUUCCGACGGGUGAGGUUUUGGUGAUCAACGGAGCUCAGGCUGGGACCCAGGGGUUCGAGCUAGCUUCGGACCCGUGUUUGUACCCGCUUCUUUACCGACCCGAUCAGCCGGUCGGGUUGCGGUUCAUGACGUUGAACCCGGGAACGGUGCCGAGAAUGUAUCACUCCACGGCGAACUUGUUACCGGACGGGCGGGUUUUAAUCGCGGGAAGUAAUCCUCAUUACUUCUACAAGUUUAAUGCUGAGUUUCCGACCGAGUUGAGACUCGAGGCUUUUUCCCCGGAGUACUUGGGUCCGGACCGGGCCAACCUCCGGCCCGUGAUCGAGGAAGUUCCGGAGACGGUACGUUACGGCGAGCGUUUUGAUGUGUUGGUGUCGGUGCCACUAUCGGUGGUGGGAAUUAUGGAGGUUAAUUUGGGGAGUGCACCCUUUGCCACGCAUUCGUUUUCGCAAGGUCAACGUCUGAUCAAGUUAGCCGUUACGCCCUCGGUCCCGGACGGCGACGCACGCUACAAAAUCAGUUGUGUUGGGCCGCCGAAUGGGAUGGUGGCUCCGCCGGGCUAUUACAUGGCAUUUGCGGUUAAUCAAGGCGUGCCGAGUGUGGCCCGGUGGGUGCAUUUGGUAUCAUGAGGAGUUUGUGGAUAUAUAAAAUCACUUGUCGAUUUUCUUUGAGAAUUUAGACAAUUGUGGAUAUGGAAUAUGGAAAUGGAAUUGAAAUGGUAGUGAUGGAUUCUGUGUGGUUGUUGCACUCA